UGUCGCGACAUCGCAGCAUCCACCAAGCGCUGGCUCGGCCUCUCUUACCUCGGCGCUUCGAUGGGGGCGAGUCUCUGGUUUCUCGAUAUUGUCGGUCCGGGUCUCGCCAACGACCUCUUCUGGCCCGCCUUUGACCCCACGUCGGCGCAGACGUACCUCAUCGACGUCUUCAACCGCCACCUCAGCGUCUCCAGCACCUCGGAGAUUGAUCUCUUUGACCCCAGCGAGACCAUUCUCAAGACGUACGGCCUUCCGUCGACAACUGCGUUCACGAAACCCACGUACCCUCGGAUGCGAACCCUGGUCGAGUACACGUCGGUGGCCGAUGCGAUCAUUGGCUUUCAGUCGGUCGAUCCGGGCUACGUCUUCAACUUGAUGACGCUGUACUGCUGGGCGGACUUUGAGAAGCGCUGGGAGGUCGCUCAUACGGCGGCGCGUCAAGCGCGAUGUGCCGCUACGAUGGCUGACAAUGGGGCCGUGUACCUCGAGCCGUUCCUUCGCAACAUCGAGUGGGAUGCAUGGGAUGCCGUCUAUGGUGCCAGCUUUGCCCAAGCGGUCGCAGACGCGAUUACAAUCACACCAGAAGUCUCUUGA